AUGGCUAUUCAUGUUACCAUUGUUCUCUCUGUUGGAUUUCUCCUCGUCGUUGGCCUCGUCCGGUUGACCCUAGCUGCGGCAAGGUCAAAGUCGCUCCCACCAGGUCCUCCCACGCUGCCUAUGAUUGGUAAUCUGCACCAGAUUCCGACCAAAAAAGCAUACCUUACAUUCCAGAAAUGGUCCAAAGAGUACGGACCCAUUGUUUCCCUAAAACUAGGACCGGGAAAUUUGAUAGUACUCAACACAGCACGCGCAGUGCGGGACUUGUUUGACAAGAAAGGGGCGAUUUAUUCCAGCAGACCUCCCAAUCAUAUUGGUACCGAGCUUAUCGCUCGGGACAACACCCAUUUGCUACUCAUGCCAUACGGAGCAGAGUGGCGAAACCAGAGGAAAGUCUAUCAAUCGAUUCUCAACAUCACUGCUGUAACGUCGCUGCAAAGGCUUCAGGAGGCGGAAGCCGUUCUUACUCUACAGCAACUUAUGCAGACACCGGAAAAAUACUACGAUCACAUCCGCCGGUAUUCGACAGCAGUCAUUUUGUCUUCAGUGUUCGGCAUUCGAGGUCCAGAAUUCGAAGAUCCAAACAUUCAGCGCCUCUAUCACGUCCAAGACCAGUUUACAGCCAUCUUAGAAACUGGUGCCACUCCGCCAGUUGACAUAUUCCCCUUUUUGAAACAAAUACCCACGUUCAUGGCUCCAUGGCGGAAAUGGGCCCUAUCAAUUCGAUCUGAACAGCGGCAGCUGUAUUUUGAAUUGCUCAAGUGUGUCAAGGAUAGACUUCAACGAGGAGUCCGCAGAAACUGCUUCAUGGACGAGCUCCUGGACGAGUCCAAACGCGCGAAACAUGGCUUGGACGAGGAACAUAUCGCUUAUAUUGGAGGUGUGCUCAUGGAAGGAGGCUCUGACACAACUGCUUCUACCUUGCUUGCAUUUCUAUUGGCCAUGGUCAAGUACCCCAAUGUUCUCAGAAAAGCACAGGCGGAGGUAGAUCAGGUUUGCGGUACUGAGAGGUCACCAACUAUUCAAGAUGUGGAAAAGCUGGAAUACAUCAAAAACUGCGUAACGGAGGUCUUGAGAUGGCGACCUGUGGCUGCGGGUGGCAUUGCUCAUGCCUUGAUUGAAGCAGAUGAUUCGUACGGCCAAUAUCUGUUUCCAAAAGGCUCUGUGUUCCUAGCAAACACCUGGGCAAUUCACCACGACCCGGAUUGCUACGAUCGCCCCGAGGAAUUCAUGCCAGAGCGAUACACGAAGAGCGAAUGCGGCUUCAAAGAUGGUUAUGAUGCUCCUGACGCAAUCCGCAAAAUUUAUGGAUUUGGAGCUGGGAGACGAGUUUGUCCUGGCCAGCACCUUGCAGAAAAUUCUUUGCGGAUCAACAUGGCGAAACUCGUCUGGGCAUUCUCCAUCAGUCCUGGCAAGGAUGUCAAUGGGAAGAGCCUAUCGAAAGACGAAAUCGAUGAUUCAAUCGAAACACAAUGGACAGACGGCUUUUUGACAGCUCCAAAGCCAUUCCCUAUCACCAUCCGUGUGCGUUCUCCGGCACAUGCAGAAGUUAUCGACCGAGAACGCAAAACAGCAGCGAACGAGGUGUUCCGUGGGUACGAGGGUUAA